UUUUAUUGCUCCCCGCUCCCGCCCCAAUGGCUGUGUAGCAAACAGCCCUGCGCUACCUGGGAAGGGACGCGAAGUUGGUGCGAGGUCGCGGUGCGGUGGGUGGUGGGGCGAGCUCCCGGCGGCGAGUGCGGGGCGCGGAGAUGGAGCGGUGGCCCUCCCCGGUGGAAGACGAGACGGUGGCCGUGGAACCUGGCCGUCACCUCCCUGGCGCUGACCUUCCUUGUCCAGCCCCGAGAGGUCAGAGGAGCUGCUCCAGUUGAUGUACUAAAAGCUCUAGAUUUUCACAAUUCUCCAGAGGGAAUAUCAAAAACAACGGGCUUUUGCACAAACAGAAAGAAUUCGAAAGGGUCGGAUACUGCUUACAGAGUUUCAAAGCAGGCCCAGCUCAGCGCCCCGACAAAACAGCUCUUUUCAGGAGGAACUUUCCCAGAAGAUUUUUCAAUAUUAUUUACAGUAAAGCCCAAAAAAGGAAUUCAGUCUUUCCUCUUAUCUAUCUACAAUGAGCACGGCAUUCAGCAAAUCGGCGUGGAGGUCGGGAGGUCGCCCGUCUUCCUGUUUGAAGACCACCUGGGGAAGCCCGCCCCCGAAGACUACCCCCUGUUCCGCACGGUCAACCUCGCUGAUGGGAAGUGGCAUCGGGUCGCCAUCAGCGUGGAGAAGAAAACUGUGACCAUGAUCGUUGACUGUAAGAAGAAAACGACCAAACCGCUGGGGAGAAGCGAGCGAGCGAUCGUGGACACCAACGGGAUCACGGUGUUCGGCACGAGGAUUCUGGAUGAAGAAGUGUUUGAGGGGGACAUCCAACAGCUGCUGAUCAUCAGUGACCCCAAAGCCGCCUACGACUACUGUGAGCAUUACAGCCCGGACUGCGAUUCCUCGGUGCCCAAGGCCGCGCAGGCGCAGGAGCCACAGAUCGAUGAGUAUGCGCCCGAGGAGGUGGUGGAGUAUGACUAUGAGUAUGGGGACGCAGACUAUAAAGAGGCUGACAGUGUGACAGGGACGCCCACUGUAGCCGAGGAGACCGUAGCACAAACCGAGGCGAACAUCGUGGAAGAUUUUCAAGAAUACAACUACGGCACCAUGGGAAGUUACCAGACCGAAGCUCCCCGACGUGUCUCCGGCACCAACGAGCCAAGUCCCGUGGAAGAUGUGUUUACCGAAGAAUAUCUAACCGGAGAGGAUUAUGAGGCCCAGAGGAAAAAUCCCGAGGAUACACUGUAUGAGAACAAAGAAAUAGACGGCAGGGACUCUGACCUGCCGGUAGAUGGAGAUUUAGGCGAAUAUGAUUUUUAUGAAUAUAAAGACUAUGAAGAUAAGCAAACGAGCCCCACUAAUGAAGAGUUUGGUCCCGGGGUCCCGGCAGAAACAGAUAUCACAGAAACCAGCAUAAAUGGCCAUGGCGGAUACGGGGAAAAAGGACAGAAAGGAGAGCCAGCGGUCGUUGAACCUGGAAUGCUGAUCGAAGGACCACCAGGGCCAGCCGGACCUGCGGGUCUUAUGGGCCCUCCAGGUCUACAAGGCCCGUCUGGACCCCCUGGCGACCCUGGCGAUAGGGGUCCCCCAGGACGUCCUGGCUUACCAGGAGCUGAUGGCCUACCAGGUCCUCCUGGUACCAUGCUGAUGUUACCGUUUCGCUAUGGCGGCGGCGAUGGCUCCAAAGGACCAGUGGUCUCUGCUCAGGAAGCGCAGGCCCAGGCGAUCCUGCAGCAGGCUCGGAUUGCGCUGAGGGGUCCCCCUGGCCCAAUGGGUCUAACCGGAAGACCAGGUCCUGUGGGGGGGCCUGGUUCAUCGGGUGCCAAAGGGGAGAGUGGUGACCCAGGUCCUCAGGGUCCUCGUGGUGUCCAAGGGCCGCCUGGUCCGACGGGGAAACCUGGCAAAAGGGGUCGUCCCGGUGCUGAUGGAGGAAGAGGAAUGCCAGGAGAACCUGGGUCAAAGGGGGAUCGAGGAUUUGAUGGACUUCCAGGUCUGCCAGGUGACAAAGGUCACAGGGGUGAACGCGGUCCCCAAGCCUCCCCUUCCCUCCCACUCAUUCUGCAACGACAGGGGGAAGACGGAGAAAUCGGACCUCGGGGUCUCCCAGGGGAAGCUGGCCCGCGGGGCUUGCUGGGGCCACGGGGCACGCCAGGACCUGUGGGGCAGCCUGGUCUCCCGGGCCCGCAAGGUCCCAUCGGCCCUCCCGGGGAAAAAGGACCUCAAGGCAAACCUGGGCUCGCGGGCCUCCCGGGUGCUGACGGGCCUCCUGGUCACCCUGGGAAGGAAGGCCAGUCUGGAGAUAAGGGUGCUCUGGGUCCGCCUGGCCCACAGGGGCCUAUUGGCUAUCCCGGCCCCAGAGGAGUGAAGGGAGCAGACGGUGUCAGAGGUCUCAAGGGCUCUAAAGGUGAAAAGGGUGAAGAUGGUUUCCCAGGAUUCAAAGGUGACAUGGGUCUUAAAGGUGACAGAGGAGAAGUUGGUCAAUUAGGUCCGAGAGGAGAAGAUGGCCCUGAAGGCCCCAAAGGCCGAGCAGGUCCCACUGGGGACCCCGGUCCUUCCGGUCAAGCAGGAGAGAAGGGGAAACUUGGUGUUCCAGGAUUGCCCGGGUACCCAGGAAGACAAGGUCCAAAGGGUUCCACUGGAUUUCCCGGGUCCCCAGGGGCCAACGGGGAGAAAGGCGCACGGGGCGUCGCGGGCAAGCCAGGCCCUCGCGGGCAGCGCGGUCCCACGGGUCCUCGGGGUUCGAGAGGAGCGCGAGGCCCCACUGGGAAGCCAGGUCCGAAGGGCACUUCGGGCGGUGAUGGCCCCCCAGGCCCUCCUGGCGAGAGAGGCCCUCAAGGACCUCAGGGUCCGGUUGGAUUCCCAGGACCAAAAGGCCCUCCUGGACCACCUGGGAAGGAUGGCCUGCCAGGGCACCCUGGGCAACGUGGAGAGACUGGAUUUCAAGGCAAGACCGGCCCCCCUGGGCCCGGGGGCGUUGUUGGACCACAGGGGCCCACUGGCGAGACCGGCCCCCUGGGCGAACGCGGACAUCCUGGCCCCCCGGGGCCGCCUGGUGAGCAAGGCCUUCCUGGCGCUGCAGGAAAAGAAGGUGCAAAGGGCGACCCAGGUCCUCAAGGCGUCUCGGGGAAAGACGGCCCAGCAGGUCUCCGCGGUUUCCCUGGCGAACGAGGUCUCCCUGGAGCUCAGGGUACACCUGGCCUGAAAGGAGGAGAGGGUCCCCAGGGCCCACCAGGUCCAGUGGGCUCCCCAGGGGAGCGGGGGUCGGCGGGCACCGCAGGCCCCAUCGGAUUGCCGGGGCGUCCAGGACCCCAGGGUCCCCCUGGUCCAGCCGGAGAGAAAGGUGCUCCUGGAGAGAAGGGGCCCCAAGGCCCCGCGGGCAGGGACGGAGUGCAAGGCCCCGUGGGGCUCCCGGGGCCGGCUGGGCCCGCCGGCUCCCCCGGGGAGGACGGAGACAAGGGUGAAAUCGGUGAGCCCGGACAGAAAGGCAGCAAGGGCGACAAAGGAGAAAACGGUCCCCCUGGCCCCCCAGGUCUUCAGGGUCCCGUCGGCGCCCCCGGAAUUGCUGGAGGUGACGGGGAGCCAGGGCCCAGAGGUCAGCAGGGGAUGUUUGGACAGAAAGGGGAUGAGGGAGCAAGAGGCUUCCCGGGACCCCCUGGUCCCAUCGGUCUUCAGGGUCUGCCAGGCCCACCUGGUGAAAAAGGUGAAAAUGGGGAUGUCGGUCCCAUGGGUCCACCUGGCCCCCCCGGCCCCAGAGGUCCCCAAGGUCCCAACGGAGCUGAUGGACCCCAAGGCCCUCCAGGAUCCAUUGGUUCCGUUGGUGGUGUUGGAGAAAAGGGUGAACCCGGAGAAGCAGGAAACCCAGGGCCGCCCGGGGAAGCAGGCACGGGGGGCCCCAAAGGAGAACGAGGAGAGAAAGGGGAAGCGGGGCCCCCCGGCGCGGCUGGACCUCCCGGCGCCAAGGGGCCGCCAGGGGACGAUGGCCCGAAAGGCAACCCGGGUCCUGUUGGUUUUCCUGGAGACCCAGGUCCUCCCGGGGAGCCCGGCCCUGCGGGUCAAGACGGCGUUGGUGGUGACAAGGGUGAGGAUGGAGACCCCGGGCAGCCGGGUCCUCCCGGCCCCUCUGGUGAGGCGGGCCCGCCAGGUCCUCCUGGGAAAAGAGGUCCUCCGGGAGCAGCAGGUGCAGAGGGACGGCAAGGGGAAAAGGGCGCCAAGGGGGAAGCAGGUGCCGAAGGUCCUGCCGGGAAGACUGGCCCAGUUGGUCCUCAGGGACCCGCCGGGAAGCCCGGUCCGGAGGGCCUUCGGGGCAUCCCCGGGCCUGUGGGAGAACAAGGCCUCCCCGGAGCUGCAGGCCAAGACGGGCCGCCCGGUCCCUUGGGACCCCCCGGAUUACCUGGCCUCAAAGGGGACCCUGGCUCCAAGGGCGAGAAGGGGCAUCCUGGUUUGAUUGGCCUGAUCGGGCCUCCAGGGGAACAAGGCGAGAAGGGUGACAGAGGGCUGCCCGGGACCCAGGGAUCUCCAGGAGCGAAGGGCGAUGGGGGGAUCCCAGGCCCUGCUGGUCCCAUCGGGCCCCCCGGUCCUCCAGGCUUACCAGGCCCCCAAGGUCCCAAGGGGAACAAAGGCUCCACGGGACCCGCCGGACAGAAGGGCGACAGUGGUCUGCCAGGGCCCCCCGGGCCUCCGGGUCCACCUGGGGAAGUCAUCCAGCCUCUACCCAUCCUGUCACCCAAGAAGACAAGACGACACACGGAGGGCAUGCAGGCCGACGCGGGGGACGCUACUCUCGACUACUCGGACGGGAUGGAGGAGAUAUUCGGUUCCCUCCAUUCCCUGAAACAAGACAUUGAGCACAUGAAGUUUCCAAUGGGCACGCAGACCAACCCCGCCCGCACGUGCAAAGACCUGCAGCUCAGCCACCCCGACUUCCCUGAUGGUGAAUACUGGAUCGAUCCUAACCAAGGCUGCUCAGGAGAUUCCUUCAAGGUUUACUGCAAUUUCACGUCAGGCGGCGAGACGUGCAUUUACCCAGACAGGAAAUCCGAGGGGGUGAGAAUUUCAUCGUGGCCAAAGGAGAAGCCGGGAAGCUGGUUCAGUGAAUUUAAGAGAGGAAAACUGCUUUCCUAUCUGGACGUGGAAGGCAAUGCCAUCAACAUGGUGCAGAUGACCUUCCUGAAGCUGCUGACGGCGUCCGCGCGGCAGAACUUCACCUACCACUGCCACCAGUCGGCGGCCUGGUACGACGCGGCCACCGGCGGGUACGGCAAAGCGCUCCGGUUCCUGGGGUCCAACGACGAGGAGAUGUCCCACGACAACAGCCCGUACAUCAGGGCGCUGCACGACGGCUGCGCGUCCAGAAAAGGCUACGAAAAGACUGUGAUUGAAAUCAACACACCGAGAAUUGACCAAGUCCCUAUCGUUGAUGUAAUGAUUAAUGACUUUGGUGAUCAGAAUCAGAAGUUUGGAUUCGAAGUUGGCCCUGUCUGUUUUCUUGGCUGAGAUUAGGACGAAUAACAUGUGAAAUCUACAGGAAACAUACCUUGGUGCCACCCACCCAUUUGAUGCCACAUGCGAGUUUUGAGUAAGGAUGGCAUAGAAACCAACUCGUCACGUAUACGUAUACAUGUACCAGUUAGGAAGUACUGAUGCCCUCAUCAGUGAGGGCAGAAUCACAUGGCAAAAGCUUUGAAAAUAAUUUAAAAAAAGAAAAAAAGAUAGUGUGGCUGAGAUGGAAACAAGCCUUAUUCUUGAUUCCCAAUUUUCACCUCCCCUUUUCCUAUUUGGAUCUCUUUGGUGCUGUAGAAAAAAAAAGAGAGAGAAAAAUAUAUAUUCAUAAAAGAUAUGGUGCUCAUUCCCAUCCGUGAAGGAUGCGCUAAAACAGUGUGUUGAAUAAAUUGUAAUUAUUUUGUGUACAGUUCUAUGCUGUUAUCUGUGUCCGUGUCCAAAACUUGCGCGUGUGUCUGAAUUCCAUCUGGCUCGAAUUUUACGACAAUCGCAGAACUACGAUGGCAAUAAAUAUAUUAUUAUGAAAAAAAUAAAGUUGUCAUUUCUGAUGGCUCUAAUUCCCUGUCUUCGAUGAACAAUAAAAUGCCUUUGUGUAUAUUGCCGUUAAGGGGUUCAGUUAUUCGAUGCCGACGACAAAUUUCUCAGAGGUGCAGACACCUGAAGACUUCCAAGGCGCACGUCCAUCAACUUCUCUGCGGACAGUAACGUGGAUGAAUUUCAGCCAAAUAGACGCAUUUGGAUGCUUUAUUCAGUGCUAUACCUCAACUUUUUUUUUCUUUCCAGAGUCCAGGAUCUCACAGGCUACUUGUAUAUACAUGGAAAACAAGCAAGUUUCUAUUUUCGGACAGGAAAACGCGUAUGAGGAGCUAUUUAAAAACACAGGGAUGCCUCCAUCAAUCAGAUGUACAAUUUUGUGACUACCUUUUCUCACCUCUUGUCUUCGGUGUGCUACCCAGGUUAAUAUUCAAAGUGGGAAGCUAAGCAAUUAUUUAUGAAUAUGUUCAAUGUUAUACUUUCCAAAACAAAUCAACUUCUUGAAUUGGAUUCUAGGUUGCAUAUUAUAAGAGUCUCCAAAAAUUAUUUUACCUGCACCUGCCCAACAAAUAUUCUUUCUUUUCUUUCAAGAUAAUAUCAUUCAUUAUCAGACCUACCUAACUGCUAAAGUACAUAUGGUGGACUGUUACUUAGUGCUUGUUUUAAAAUUCAUACUUAUGAAAAACAAUCAAAACUUUUUUUCCCCACUAAGGUAUUUCCUUUCAGGUAGCUUGAAAUAGCAGUAAAAUUUAAAAAUUACAAAUUGAACUUUGUAUCUAUUUUAAGUAAUAUAUGUCAGACUUGAAAAUAAAUGUUUUAUUAUUGCUUAUAUGAAGUGUUAAGUUAAUUGAUGCCAGAUUCCACUGGACCCUUUCCAACCAAUAAUUUAUCACAAAAGUGCAUACCUGUAAUGUUGACAUGAAAACGUGAACGUGUGUCCUUCAGAAGUUCUUUUAUUUUUGAAAUUAAGUUUGUAAAUGUCCUUUGGAGAAGGGAGAUAUGAAUCGUAUAAAUAAACUCAAGUCUUGUCUA